UAUCUUUUUUUUUUUCGAUUUAUUGAUUUGCAAAUCCAGAUUGGAUAUUUAGGCAUGGCAGCAUCAUGGCCGAUCAGAUUCUUUUAGCUAUGCUCAAAGGUGACGGCCGUUUUCGAGUUGACACAUUCGCAUUCACUUUCGAUUGUAUAAUAACAAACAACAUCCUUGGACUGGAUCUUGACCAUCUCCAUGGCACACUACAAAACAUAUUUCUACUUGUGGAGUCACCUCGCCUCUCCUUUCUCCCUGAUUCAAACGUCUUUUCUGAGGACAUCGCUAAGGAACGACAUGAAUUGGCGUCAAUCAUUUUUAUCGAGCCUCUUAAUACGAUCCUUGAUGGAAUAUGACCUGCUGGAAAUAUCUUUAUAUCCUGCCACGUCUGAGGCUACCCUCCUCAUCCGUCGUUGGAACGCCGAACAAAAGUUGCUAUAUCUUUUAAAAACCUCGGGGUCUGAUUUUGGACUGCUGCUUUUUGACUGUCGUAGUAAGAGGAGGAAACUGGCAAGCCUGAUGGAAAGGCAUGAAAGUCAGGAUGGAAGGAGUCUAGAUGGUCUUCAGUCGGGGCGACAGUGCGUGGCUCUCGCGCGAAGAGAACAGCAAAGAGAAGGGAGGUUAUCUAAAGGAAAGCUUGCUGUUCUGGCGGUAAUAUCAAGGAAGAGAAGGGAAGGGGGGUUGGACUGAGAGAUUAUAUUUUUCGGAAGGAUAGUGGGGAUAAAGUAUAUAGGAGAGAUCUCUCAUGAGUUUUAUGUUGUGGUAAAAAAGUAUUAUAGGAUGGUAUAAUAUUUUGAUAUUGGCCGCUUUUUGUUCUUUUGUGCUUCUUGAUGAUGAGAAAAUAGUUGAACUAUGAUGGGAUAUUGCCGAGUUUCUUUUGCCUUUGCUUUUCUUUUUCCCUUUGUCUCUUUUUCUUCUUCUUAUUCCGCUUCGCGUCGUCGCCGCCGUUGGAAUCUGUUAUUG